AUGGCGCGUAUUAGCAUUCCUCUUGACGCCUUGACGUCCAGGUUCAACUUGUCCGAUCGCUUCUCAAGUGUUCGAUCGCAAUCUAUCUCGUCUCGAUUUGCCAACAUCAGGCCCAUUUCCGAAUUUCUGGACUUGAAGAGACUGUCGAAACCACAUGACUUUGGGGAAGUCCAAACCCGAGUUAACUACAACCUCAGCUACUUCUCCAGCAACUAUGCAGUCGUGUUUGUCAUGCUCAGUGUCUACAGCCUGCUCACCAACAUGUGGCUUCUUUUCGACAUCAUCCUUGUCGUUGGCGGCAUGUGGGCAAUUGGCAAAUUAGGGGGAGGUGAUCUCGAUAUUGGUGCCUUCCGUGCUACCACAUCCCAGCUUUACACUGGUUUAGCCUGCAUUGCUAUCCCUGUUGCCUUUAUUUCUUCACCUAUUGCAACAUUUCUCUGGCUCAUCGGUGCGUCUGGAGUCACUAUUCUGGGCCAUGCCUCCCUUAUGGAUAGACCGAUCGAGAAUGCUUUUUCCGAGGAGGCGGUCUAG